UGAAACUUCCAUAAGUACAAAUCCUUCUUCCUCAUGUGCAAUACCUUCAUCUCUGGUAACUCCAGUUAUUAAAACAUUCACAAGGCCGAAACCGUCUUUAUCCUCAUCCUCAUUGACAACUGAAGUCACUAAAACUUUCACUAGUCCAAACACCUCUUCAUCGUGUGCAAUAACUUCCUCAUUAAUAACUCCUGCAAUUGAAACUUCCACGAGUCUAAAACAAAGUUCAUCACCAGCAAUAACAUCUUCAUCGAUAAUUCCAGUCACCAAAACUUCUGCAAGUUUAGAACCCUCCGCCUCAUGUUCAAUGGUCUCGAAAAACUUGGAUACAGCAGUACCGCUCACAGAUAAUAUUUGUGCAUCUCCAAUGACUCCAAUCGUGGAAACUUCCUUGAGACCAAUGACACUCUCCUCACCAACCAAAGCCACUAACAGUACAACACAGAAGACAAAUAUUGCUAUCACCCCACCAGUUUCAUCUUCAUCCCCAUUAUCGUCAUCCCUACCAUCAUCAUCCCUACCAUCAUCAUCCCCACCGUCGUCGUCAUCAAUAGCAGAGGUCAAGACGGAGCCGAUAAGUGAUGAACUAUCCGCCGUAGAUUUCAUAGCACAAUUGACGGCAACUGACGAUGGUGAUUCAAAUAACUAUUUUGAGCUGUCGCCAGAGGAGAUGAGCAUGAAUGCCAAAUUUGGCUGCUCCCAAUCCUCGAUUCCAUCCACAAAAAUUACAAAACCGGAGGAUGACCUGGCCAUAGGCAAGAUAUUGCAAUUGCAGGAUAUGGAUAUAAUGCAUGCCACAUUAAAUGUGAAUGGCAGAGAGCCCAAUGUCUUGUCUAUCAGUCCAAACGCUACAAAAUUGGAGAGUAGCGCAAGAUCAAACGAUGUUGAAGUCCCAAUCAUAGAUAACAAUAAUGAAGAACAGUCAAGCUUGCUCAAGUUUAAGCCUUUGAGGGUAACAGCGCCUAAGCAUGUGUAUACCAAUACAAAAAAGAAGAAUGUUUUAUCGGACUCCCCAACUUCAGAGGAAUUAAUCACAGUGCCUGAGAUUAAGGUUGCUGGGGAAAAAAACCAGAUUGCGAAGCCGAUACCUUACAAGCCCAAAAAGGGCAAAAUCAAUUUGGUGCAGCGUAACAAGAAAGCAAAUAUAGCUAAGCCGAAAGAAAACUUAGGUGAAAACUUACCGGAAGAACAAUCUCACUCAUCUGAUAAGGAUGUUUCAACCGACAUUACAGAGCUGAAAGAUGCACACAAUGCAGUGCAAUCAGCUCAAAAUAUACUGACUGAAACCCUUGAAGCUGUGGCAGAGAAUAAAAAUCAAUUAAAACAAGAUUUAAAUGAAAACUCAACCGACAUAAAUGCACCUGAAAUGAAACACACAAUAGACCAGUCAAAGGCUAAAAUAAGCGAAAAACAAAGAGAAGCAGAACCGGAAAAUAGAGAUAAGGAACAGUCUGUAAAUGACAAUUCGCGUACAACAGAAACAGUCAUGAAAAACAUCGAAAAUGUGGCCAGCACAUCAGGUGAUAAAAUUGUGAUCUCAAAUAAAACAGAACGUGUGAUAAGUCAAGAUAGUGAAGACGAAAAUCAGAUUCGUACUAAUCUGGCUGCAGUAAAUACCACCAAAGAAAGAGAUCUAUCGCAGCUAUAUCAUCCGCCUAAGGUGCCGAAGCUUAAGCCUGGUGUAUCAAACAAAAAGGAUAAUCAUAAUGGUAUAGUCCACGAUGAAGGUAUUCCAGCAUCUGCGUCACCACCAGCUGUGUCGCUUUUCGAUGUGGUCAAGCAAAAGCAACCACCACCACAAGGUGAGCCGCAAUUACCUUUUAAGAAAACAGAGUCAAAAGAUAAUAAAUUAAUAUCCAUGGACAAUACGUUUGCAGAAGCAUUGGGAAUUCAAAAUCUCGUAAAUCACUUGGCAGCAGAGAACGUGGUGCCGCACAGCAAGGAAGUGAAGUCGGAGUCAACAGCUAAGCCGCCUAGAAAGAAGCUGGUGAAAACGAGACCGGUGCUCAUCGGCAAGAGACCUGCAAAAGCUGCCCAGCCCCACAGUACGGCAGCCGGAUCCGAGGAAGUAGAACCUAUACCUGCAAUCAAAACACCACUUAACGUGGAGAGCAAAACAAACGGGGCUCAUCGAGUAAAGACUUCCAGCACCAGUGAUGACGAUGGUGACUUUUUUCAUGGAUUCGAAGAGACAUCACGCAGUAAACGUAUGAAGCACUCCAAGUCCAGAGAAACGGACAUAAGUGAUGAUGCCUCACCGGAUUAUGAUGAGACGGAGGAAGAGCCCCACUCGGAUGUAGAAUCGCUUGCCAAUAAAUCAAAGACUGAACCUGCUGUUAAUAAUAAUAUGGAUACUAAAACUAUUCACCAAGAAGUAGAGGCAGAGCCUAUAAUACAAGAAGCCGUCGCCCCAAUUGAGACAGCUAAACAGGAGUCUUUGAAAAAAGUAGCGACCAAGAGAAAAUCUGGCAUUCAGGACACCGAGCUACAAACUAAGCCGAAACGUGCCCGUAGGAGCAUGAAAGCAAAAGACGCAAAAAACGAAUCGGAGCCGACAGUAAAAGUGAAAAGCCCCGAGCCAACGGAUGUUAAGGAAGUUGAGAAAGUUACGGAAACAAAUACGUCGGCUCAAAUUGCAACUGAUCAGCCAACUAUAGUCAAGAAGAGACGAGGUCGGCCGCCAAAAUCAGCCAAAAUAGCUGACUCAACAGUUUCAGAAAAUUCUUCUGUUCAGCCAACGACUGUCACAUCCACUCCGAAUCAGUUCAUAACACCGACGCCUAAACGCCGUGGUCGCAAACCCAAACAAAUGGAAGGCGUCAAUGAUACACCAGAAUCUUGCCAGCAGACAAGCGACUACUACAUGCGGCUGCUGCUCAUACGCAACCGAUCACAAUUGGAGACCGAUGAGGAAUUGCGUGAGGAUGGCCGAGGCGAGGGCGAUCUACAAUGCGGCUUGUGCCUCGUGCGUUGUAACAACGCCACCUGGCAGACUCAUCUCGCAGAGCACUACGGCGUUGGUUGGCAUGUCAAGGAACCAACUCCGAUGCUCACUCGCAACAGCGUGAUAAAAAUGAUUAAAAGUUAUAUGGAUGCGGGCGGCACUAAGCGAUUGAGUUGUCGCUUAUGCAACAAUCAACUGACUACAGCUCUGGGCAUGAUAAUGCACGUGGAAGGCUGUGGUGACAAGGAACGCAUAGUGUGUGAGCAAUGCAAAGGCAGCUACAGUAAGCUUUUCUACCCGACACAUUGUCGCACCUGCCCCAAACGAGUGCGAGUGCUAAGCGACGAGGAGCAGGUGGAACCAGAAGUAGACAAUACACCAGUUUACAGUAAUACAGGUCGCGCCAAACGCAAGUCUACAUUGAAAGCUGAAACAAAGUUGGAAAAGAUUGCAAUUCAAGCGGCAAGCAACAAAGAUUUCGAAGAUGAGGUAUCCGACUACGAAAUGACCGCGGAUAAAGAAUCAUCUGACGAAGAAGAGUCGGACGGCUCGAAUAUAAGUGAGGAACAUGCCAAACCAGCAAUCAAAAGAGAUAAGAUUUUAUGCGGUCGCUUAGAUGUUAGAAAAGGAAUGAAGGAGCGCUGGAAUUUUUUUGUCCGAACGAAUUACGCCAAAGAUGCUUUGUACCCGAAUUUACUGCCUUGCUAUGAAAAGCUUUCACCUGCUGAAGCUAAAGAUCUACUGCCCUCUAUGGAGUCCACUUCCAUGCGUUAUGCCUAUGGCCGCGCGGAUGACAACGCCUGGAUGCAUUUACGGCCACAGGAGGGCUUCAACAAAAAGAAUGAAUCUGUGCGCUACCUUGGCACGCCUAUUAAGGAGCUUGCAUGGGUACCUUUACCAUCAACUGUAAGCACACAGUAUUUGUUAUGCUCCCAACGUAAUAAGGUGCUCGGUUAUUCCCGUCAAUUUAAGGACAAGCCGGAGAAAGCAUUGCUAUUGCUGCUCGAGUGCAAAAUGUCCACAGGUGGUGAGGAUAAAGUAUUUCCACUGCAGAUACGACUGCAUUAUAGUAUAUGUGUGCCCCAGGGACCGGUGCAUAGCAUAGCAUUUAUGCCUAGCGGCGGCUACGAUGAAUCUAAUAACCGAUUAGGUUUACUUGCCGUGGGAAGUCUAUCGGGUGCGGUUAUAUAUGCGUUGCCAAUACACCCUAAAAACGACAGUGAACAAACGAAUAAACAACUUGAUGUUAUUGUCUUGCAACCGAUGCUUACGCUUACCUUGGAUAUAGAUAAUCCCAUGCAGGAUGCGUGCACUAAAAUAUGUUGGUCUGAAAGUUUUGGUCAUCAUUUGAUAGUGACCGGCUAUGCCAGUGGAAACGUUGCGUUUUAUGAUAUUUCCGACGACCAAGAACUGAAUCGCAUGGAGCGUAAUAACCAAAGUUAUUGUGUACCCGCACAUUUCUUUUAUUUUGGCGAGCGAAAUAUAUAUUAUCUUGAUCUGCAUUAUGACACGAACGGGGCCCGUUGGCUGGCAGUUGGCACCUCGGUACGUAAACUGUGGAUCUAUGACAUAGCAAACUUAGCGCAGCCGUUGCCAAUUAUGGGUGACACUGUUUGCAACAUGUAUUUAGGCGGCCUUACCUGGCCUUCUUUGUGGGAGUCACUGGCCGUUGGUUCCACCGAGGUUUACAAAUCAAAAUUUCCGCGCGUGGUAAUGGUCAAUCCAUCGGGCAUUACUCUUAGCCACUCGACGUUGGAUUUAACACUGAGUAGUCCCCGUUCAGUGCAUUUCAAUUGGGAACAAUUGACAUUGGUUACAGUUACGGAUAACGGUGAUGUGACAUUUUUGUAUUGUGAUCAAUUUAAUAUGGUACAAAAACGUUCGACUGACUGUCGUUCCGUCAGCACAAUGGAUGUGUGUUGCUUGAGCGGAACUCCGGAAUCGAAUUCCGUUACACCUGAAGAGUUUAAGCAAGACUAUGGCCUGCUCAUCAAGCCAUUUGUAAAUGUAAUUCAUAAGAAAAAGAAGGCAACUUACCUAAACAUAAAGAGACGACCAAACUUUGAUCUGUCAAACCUAAUGCGACUCAAUUGUGUCAGAUGGAACUGGAAUGUGGGUGCACGUAACUGGGUAGCCGUCGGUGCUGAGCAUGGCUUACUUCGUAUAAUCAAUUUUGAGGCGGAUAAACACUUUAAAUAUUUUUGAUACACGCACUAUUGAGAUUUUAGUUGUAAUAAAUAAUUAUGUUUAAUGCUUUUAUAAAAGUUACGGUUUAUGAAGUUUUGAAGCUUUAAACAUAUUUUUGGAUUAACUUGUAAUAAUUUAUUGGUAGCUGUUAUAGUAA